AUGGAAAAUAAAAUCAAAGAGAGUGAUAUGCCGAAUGACUACGUUUUAGGGGAGCCUUUCAUUAAGUGGCUCAGCGCGAGAGGAAGAAAGGAAAGGACCGAUUGUAUUAAUGCUAUCAAUACUGGCUUCCUUCGUUGCCUCUCCUUACUACCGAAUAGUCCCAUGUUUUGGAUGCGCGAUUACCUAUCCUUGCCGAUAGAUCCCAAUUCCAGCGAGCAGUGUUUUUUGUGCAAAAACAUGCCCCAGGAAAAGAAAACUUACGAUAACAUCAAUGAAGACGUGCUCUCUGGUCGUGUAUUAGGCGCGAGAUUUGUAAUUGACCUGCAUCUCUUCAUCAUGCCCACUGCAUACACCGGUUCAAAUGACGGCGAAAAAUGGCUCACUUUGAAGGUCCAUCGCAAUGACCAGAGUCUAGAUUCAAGAAACGAGGUUAAAUUUGAGCUGGAUAUUUCCGAAUUUGCCCUUCUAUCAAUAGACAAGUGCCUACGCGGUUUUCGACUACUCCGUAUUGUGGAUUUGUCACCCAUCGCUUCUCAGGGUCGAUUGCAUGUUUGUGGACUUGAUUUCUUCGGGAGUGUGCUCUAUUUUCAUGACAAAAAUUUUCGUCCAACCAUUCUGCCAAACUGGGACUCGAAGAGAAUUUUCCGCCCACAUCUUUCUGCAUCUCCGACUUUAACUGAGGUUCACUUGUUAAAUCUAGCGUUGGCGGUUAGGAAAGAUGAUCGAUUGGAAUGGGCAAUGUCAAAUUUUACGGAUAGUACGUGGGAAAUUGGCCAGGAUGAAGAAGCGUUCUAUUGUUAUAAAAUUGAACCCGAAGCAACAAACCUAAAAGACUUUCUAAAACCCUUAUACGAUUCUGCAUCCUUGUGGAAGUUUCGUUUCCACCUUAAUGCUGUCCACGCUAGCAAUGGAAUUAUUGCCUCCAUUGAAAUGCCUCGUCUGAAAAACCCCCUCUUUACCUCUUUACUAAAAUUAGCUCAAAAAGUUGCCGAUUUGAAGUUUGCUGAUUACCGGAGCAUUCAAAUUGCCAUUGAAAUAACCUCCUCAGAUGAACAGCAGUUCAACGAUCAUUCGUUUUACCCAAAACAAGUGAAUCCUGAGGCCAACGCACUGCUAUCGGAAAGAGACUGGUACUUAGCGAAGGAACAAAUAAAUAGGCUGAAUGAGGAAACAGCUGAAUUCAACGAACUCAAUGCAACAAAAGAGAUUGCUGAGGAGAUUCUUCAAUUGAUUCGUCUUCUCUAUCACAUGCAUGAAAGUAGAGAUACAAAUUCCCAAAAGUGGAACUCGUUCACUGACUUUCAUUCCUGUUUCAUCUCCCAGGGGCUUUCUCGCAAACUGACGCGUCAGCUGGACGAUGCACUAGCAUCGGUUACAGGUCCAACAUUUCCCGAUUGGUGCUUUAAGUUACCUCAUAACAUGCCCUACCUCUUUCCAUUUGAACUUCGCAGGAGACUUUUCAAUAUUGGUGCAUUUGGACCAGCAAGGUCGAAUAAUUUUAUUAUGAAAAAUUCAGUGCAUAGAUACUCUUUCGUGCCCAAGUGGGAACUUGAUCCGCGUUUAGAUAAACCUGUAACCGAACUGCUUUCUUAUCUUCAUAUCUCCCAAGAAGAGACGGCGGAGAUUAAGAGUGAAUCAUUAAAGAGAGUUAGAAUUGUGUCACUGUGUACAGCAGUCUCGCGCAAUGCAAUAGAGAAUGACGAGGGAAAACGGUUUUGGUUGUAUGCAGAUGAGGUACUCCACGAACAGGCCCCAGAGAAUAAAGAUUUCAUUUAUUUCUAUAAAGAUGAGGUGGGAGGGGGGAGUGGUGUGACAAGAGAUUUCUUCUCAUUACUGAGCAAGGAAUUGCUUCGCAAACAUCAUCACCUGUGGAUGAAUGACCGGGAAAAUGUGUCGGGUGAAUUUGUAGAUCCCUCCUUCGGUCUCUUCCCCACGCCUUAUCCGAGAAGUGCGGUACCACUGACUGUUAUCCAACGAUUUUACUCCAUGGGUAUUGCAGUAGCGAAAGCUUUACAGGAAAAGCACUUGAUUAGUUUGAAUUUAUCGCGGCCAUUUAUCAAGAUUCUAAGUUCAUUUGCCAGAGCAAGGUGUCUUUCAGGAGACGGAAGUGCGAUUUAUGAUAAACUGAAUUGCAUUGAACAAUGGAGAAGUAAAGCAUUAUUAUCCGACGACAUUUCAGUCCUACAUUUUGGCAAUCAAUCGCGAAAUAUCAGUUCCCAUUGGCUGACUGAAUUAUUAGAUUUUAAUGACUUUGCUGAGCUGUAUCCUCAUCAUGCAUCUCUAUUUCGAAAAUUUAUGGAACUUCACAAGGCACACGAAGUCAUUAGGCAGAAUUUCUCCAAGACAGAAGGGGGAGCCAGUCUCGAAGACCAACUUAAUGAAGCCAGUUUGCAGUUAAUUGGGUCAACAAUUCCGGACUUGUGCUUAAGCAUGGCAUUUUAUUCAUCAUCCAAUGUAAGUAUGGUAAUGGCAUACUCUUGUCCUUCAAUUGAAUGGAUUAGUAAUCGGCUUUUUGUGUUUUCUUCAAAGCUGGUGUACAAAAAUGUGAGUCUUCAGGAUGUUUAUCCAUGGGAAGAAGGUAAAUUUGACCCGACCAUGAUAGAAACCGCCAGUAAUACUGACAUAGACAAUGAUAACUAUAUGGAUUAUGUUCGUCGAACGAUGGAGUACUGUCUGGAUAAGGGCAUUCGAGCCCAAAUCGAUGCAUUCAUAUGUAAGCCCAAGAAGUUGUAUUAUUUUCUUUUGGUCCUUUCGGAGGUCAGAGAUAUCAUUUGUGGGCAAUCAACUGUUGCACCUUGGAGUGAAGCUGAAUUAACUGCAUACAUUAAAUCAAAUUGCUCUCAGGGCAAGUCCUCACCAACCUUCAAGAACUUUGUAAAAGUCUUGGCUGGUCUGAAUGCUGUUCAGCGUGGCCAAUUUUUGCGAUGGUCGACUGGAUACUCGAAUCUCCCCAUCGGAGGCUUGAAAAAUCUCAAUCCUCCCAUAAUGAUCUGUCCCUCAAAUAAAAACCAAGGUCCUUACCCUCUUGUCCAGGCCUGCGUUCAUGAAAUUUCACUUCCUGAAUAUUCAUCCGCCUCAGCUAUGCGGCCAUAUUUGUUAGAGGCUAUAAGUCAUGAAUCUUUUGAAAUGAAUUAA